AUGAUCAUCCCGGUGCGCUGUUUCACCUGCGGCAAGGUGAUUGGGAACAAGUGGGACACGUAUUUAGACUUAUUGCAAGCGGAUUACGCGGAGAAAGACGCGUUAGACGCGUUAGAGUUGAAGAGAUAUUGCUGCAGGAGGAUGGUCAUGUGUCACGUGGAUUUGAUCGAGAAAUUGCUGAAUUAUAACACGCUGGAGAGACAAGAGUAA